AUGUCACUUAACGUAGCCUUAGCUAUCCUCAACUAUAUCCAGGUUCCCAACAUUAUAUUGUAUGAUAUUUCUGUGUAUGUUCUUACGAGCUUCAUCCUUCUCUUUUAUGCCCUCCGCAGCAUCUCGGGCUCGACCUGGGGGACCUCCCUGCUGAGCAUGCGCCGCAUCUACCUGGCAGUGGUAGUCCCCCAGCUACUCUACGGGGCGGCUGCCUGGUAUAGCCCUACGAGCCGGACGGUCAGCUACAAGAGGCUCCAGAAGACGGACAAUGAAUUCAAGAGGAUUCAAACCCGCGCAGCUGUUCUUAUCAGUGGCGCGUUUUGUAACACGGCCUCGGCCGUACUGGGGGUAGAGCUUUACCUCCCCUUUAUACGAAUACAGAUGCAACAAACCAUUCAGGAGGCGGCCAUUCAGAUCCAAACCGGGCCGGCUAUAACCUGCCCCGGGGGGCUGCGCUGGGAAAGGUCGAAAGAGGCAUUCAAGGCCUCCGGAUACUCUCCGAUGGAGGUGCUGAAGUGGAAGAAAACAGGCCCGCUAUAUGCGUACGGCGGCAGGCAGAAGGAAUGGGAGACCAGACGGGCUCACGUGUUAGCCCCGUAG